AUGACGCUAUCAACUCUUGCACUCGUUGCGCUGUUUGUUAGGGAUGUGUUUUCACAGCAAAGUCCAGGAGCAGCCGAUUUCCUGAGGUUCGGCUGCUCACAACUCGUUGUGGAGCGCGCCGACCCAUUAGUCACUCCUGGGUUGAAUCCAUCGCCGCAUACUCACCAGAUCGUGGGCGGAAAUUCAUUUAACAUUACCAUGGACCCGUACACCAUAGACCCACCGAAACAAUCAACUUGCACCUCUUGCAUAUACAAAGAGGACUUCAGUAACUAUUGGACUGCCUCAAUCUACUUCCAGUCCCCAGAGAACGGAACAUUCAAGAAGGUUCCUCAGAUGGCAAAUGGCAGACAGAACAGAACGCUGCUUGAGCAAGAUGGCGGACUCACUGUCUACUAUAUGCGACCAUUUAGUGGGAGCAACAAGAAGACUACUGCCAUGAAGCCGGGCUUCAGAAUGUUUGCCGGGGACCCAGCGCUCCGCAGCAAGACAGGCACAUACCCCGGAAUCUGCCAUCGCUGUCUCUCCAAGGCAGAUCGUUUGAUGGGUGGCAAUGGAGCCCCUUGCGAUUCCAAGGACACCGCUGCUUUCCCAUCCUCCCCAUGCCCAGGUGGCAUUCGUGCUACCAUUAUCUUUCCUUCCUGCUGGGACGGAAAGAAUUUGGACAGUCCGGAUCACAGAAGUCAUGUUGCAUAUGCACCGGGGAGUGGUGCACUAGCUGGUGAUAAAUGCCCCAGUACACACCCCGUUCGAAUCCCGCAGGUUAUGUAUGAGAUUAUGUUCGACACAUCCGGGUUUGCUGAUCCCAAGUAUUACAAAAACGGCAAGCAGCCCUUGGUAUACAGCUUUGGCGAUGCUACUGGCUAUGGUGCACAUGGUGAUUAUCUAUUUGGCUGGGAGGGUGAUGCACUGCAGAGAGGCAUGGAUGCGCUUGGAAAUAAAUGCGGUAGCGAGGACUGCACUUCAGCCUUGAAGAUUCAGUCCGGAAAUGAUGCCAUUGCCUGCACGAAGGCUCAAAUGGCGAAGGAAGAUGUCGGCUCAAACAACUGGCUGAAGGAAUUACCCGGCGGUGCUACUGUCACAUUUGAGUAA